CAGUUACACCUGUAGGAAAAGUAAUUUAAAACCUCCUUCUUCCCCACCUCCCACCACUUCUUCGAGCUGGCUUGCGUUAAAUAUUAACAAACCUUGUUUAUGAGUUCCCUGCUUCACUUGGCUUCUUUUAACAGCAGAUGUUAUUACAACAACCCCUCUCCCCUCCCUCCUUCCCUCUCGUCAGCAGUGCUGGUUGUGAAACCCAAGAGUCUGCUCCUGUAACUCUGCCUGCAGCGCCCGGCCUGCCCCGGCUGCUGGCUGUCCCCCGCUGUGCUCCCUGGCAUUGCUGAUGCUGCCUGCCUUCAGCGUCAGCAAGGAGCUUGUGUCCUGAGCCACGAGCUGCAGGGAGAUAUUGGUUAAGAGACAGAGGAGAGCAGCCCACGGGAAGGUGAGUUCCUGCAGGUGGAGAGGAGGAGGAGGAGGAGGAAGAAGCAGUGAGGAUGGCCAGCAACUCCAGAACACUGCCGCGGGUGACUUUCCAGACUCCGGAGAAACCUGGGGAGGAAUCAUCACACAGGAAACUGGGCAAGCUAACCAUAAAGUACAACCGCAAAGACCUACAGCGCUGGCUAGACCUGGAGGAAUGGGUUGAUGCCCAGCUGCAGGAGCUGUACCAGUACCCGCUGAGAGAGAAAACAGAGGCACAAGUUCAUGGACCUGAAAUUGAUCUUGAAGAUCUCCUGGAUGUCCCUAAUGAAGAACAGAAACUAAAACUACAGGAAAUCCUCCAUGAAUGCUCUAGCCCGACAGAGGACUUCAUUACGGAAUUGCUCAGUCGACUGAAAGGUCUCCGGAGAAUCACCAAUCCUCAGAAGAAAUUACCUCACCCAUAAGGGACACCCAGCUUUGGUCACAAGGAAACAUGCAUCUUCCCCACAAAAAA